AUGGAGACUGACGACCAGACUGAUAUACGAGUCAUCAUUAGGAUGAUAGAGCGUGCUGUCACCGCGCCGUACACUCCUGAUCUACAUGCCCUCGAUCUUAAAGUGGAGCAAGCUUCAGAUGGAACCCUUCGCCAAUGGGUAAAUUGCAAGCCUUGUCAAGUGUCGCUUUUUGCAGCAGUGCUUCUUGAACAACGACCAACUGCAAAUAAACUUUUAGCAAGAUUUGGCUGUAUUGAGAGUGUUCGGGACGCCCUGCUUGAAUGUAGUCCAGCCUAUUUGAAUCUAUCGCUUCAUCACGCCAUUGAGAAUGGAAACGAGGAGGAUCUCAACAUAUGCGUGUCCAUGCUUUCAAAUCCCUUGCCUGAGAACAUAGCUGUCCCAGCACAAGUUCCCGUCUUCUUGAACAAACUGCUAAGCGAUGUCGCGCAGAAUCCUUGUGCGGCCAAGCUCAAGCCGCUAUGUGACGUUAUGCAAGGACUCCUCAGCAACGCAGACCUGAUUCAGCUUAUACCACACAACUUGAUGGAGGCUUUCCAGCGCGAAGGGACCAAGAUAUUGAAGAAUCUGAAUGAUCCUCUCGGGACACUGUUGUCCUUGGCUACCUUUGCACGCAUACGCAAAUUGUGGAAGCCUUCAAAUAGUACACAAGAAAAACCCCAGUGGUUAGGGAAUAUCUGCCAAAUCUUCGGCCCCAAGAGCUCUAACAAGACACUCGACUUGGUCGUCAUAUCAGCCGUGAUGGCCUGUUCCACCUCUUCAAACGGAUAUACGCUAAAUGAGCGUAUCCUGCUAGUAAGGCUGGCAAUGGAGAUAUGUCAUGAGAUUGAUGAGGACCUGCGAAAGACCUGGCUGAGUGCUAAUUCAUCGAAACUUGCCAAACUAUGCGAAAAGUUGAAACAGCCAGAUAUAAAUGCUGAGCUGCAAGUGACUGGCUUGACUUUACUCAUUACAUUUUCACAAUGGUUGGCAUUGCCACCAGAUGUCUACGAUUCUAUGUACCAGCAACUACUUACCCAAACUACAUAUCUUGUGAUGAAUGCUAUACCAGAGUUGGUAAGGGACAUUCUCCUUGAGCGAUUGCUGGUUCACUGCGAAAGCAAGUAUCUAGGUCUCUGCUUCGUGAGUCUUCACAGAUUACAAGAUGCUACAGGUUUCAACGGCUUGAAGGAUCUCAAGAUCGGCCAGCUACUCAUUUCCACAUUGAGAAAUUCGGAACAGGCUGGGAACUUUCGUCGUGCCUUCUUGAAAAAACUGUCUGAAUCUCAAGUGAGCAUGAGAAUUCUGCGUGAUUAUGCCCAAGAGUUCUCGAUCUGCAGCGAAUUUUCUCGCUGUGAAGAGUCUAACUUAUGCUGCACUGCUAUCUCCUCACAACAAGACAAGCUUUUCCUCGAACUGCUGGGUUGCAUUCACUCGUCAACUAAUGCCAAUGGCGCUGAAAGUUCAGAAAUAUUUUCCUGCUAUCAUGGACUGCUCCAAUGCUUCACUAAUUCCCUAAGAGAGAAUGUGCCAACGUUCGACCACUGUUCUUUUUUGCAAUUGAAAGAGCCUGAAAGGAAUGAUUUUUUCCCGCAGAGGCGAAUGAAAACGGUUGUAAUGGAAAAGUCAGACGGUUCGAGCUAUGAAUGGAGGUCCAAAAUUGCCAAUCUUCUUGUGGAUAAUGCUAGGACUUCUCACGAAACAAUCAUUCAACAGAUGGAAGCAAUUUUACAGGACUUUGAAAAUCGCUGCAGUAAAGUUGAAGAGCCUCUGGCAGCUGCGGUACGGGAAAGAGAAGACUUGAAACAACAGCUGGAGGCCUCUAAGUAUCUGAAUCAGCAACUAGAGGAGCAGGCCCGGCAGUCUGCAGAGAUGGUGAAUGCUCUAAGGAAACAACUCGACGAAUCCGUUGCGCAGGUUAGGGAUUAUUCAUUUCAAAUAGUACAUUUGACCGAUCAAGUGGAUGCACUACAAACAGAGCUUGACAUAACCCGGACGAAGGCGCGAGAUGGUAUAGAAAUAGUUAAGUCGAAAGCACGCGAUCGUGAACUAGAUCUCAUGGCUACGGUCGCCGAGAGAGACGAUCUGCUUGAAGAGCAGCAAGUUGAAAUAGAGGCUGUGUCCAAGGAAAGGGCACAACUACAGGAAGCCGUGGAUGCCAAUGCAGAGCGUCAUCAGGCUGUCUCCCGAGACUACGAGAAUCUACGGCAAGAAUUGGCGCGAGUACAGAAAAAUGCGUCCCAAGACUGUGACACGCUUCGACAUGAGAUCACAAAAAUGCAGCAAGUUAUCGAGAUACGCGAGUCGACAAAUGCCGAGAAGGAUAAUCGGAUUAUCACUUUGGGGGAGACCAACAAAGAUCUUCAGAACGAGAAUCAGAUGCUGAGAGACAAGCUGGACCAGGCACACUUCAAUUGGGAAAAAUCAAUGUCGGCACUAGAUGAAGCACGUCACAAGUACAAGAGCGGCAUAGCUGAUAUGGAAACGAAAUGCAAGAAUCAAAUGUCUGAAGCCAAAAACCGGGCUCAGCAAAUGACCGAGCAACAUCAGCUCGAAAUUUCUAGUCUGCGACACGACGCUGCAAACACAUCCGCCAAAACCGAAAAAGAGCUUCGCGCCAGGAACAAAAGAUACAAUACUUGGAAAAGAAGUGAAGCCCAAGAAUAUAUCAGUCGCUUGAUGGGUGUGAUGGGAUUUUCCAAAGACAAAGAUGACAGCAUCAAAAAGCAACCAGCAGCUGGUCCUUCAAAGGCUAAAGAAUCUGUUCGCCGAUCGACUCGUCUAAGUUUGCAACAGGCUCAAUCMCCUUCACAAGCCGAGAUGACUACGAUACAAACACAGUCGUCGAACCUGGCUAUUCCCAUGCCAAGUAUAAACUCAUUUAUCAAUCAAGAUGCGACAAUAAUGACACGUAGACGCAGUCAUCGCUUUUCCCAUGGAACGAGCUUUGUAAGUGAUGAGAAUACCACGUAUUAUUCCAGCACACAACAAGGACCGGCUGAAGGUCUCUCUGGAGUCAGACGACAACCACUUGGCAGUCUUGACAGGAAUAGCCCUAAAAAGUCACCUCCUUCGACUAAUCCCAAGGAUGCCGAGCAUGGCGAACUUGGACAACAAAUGCAGAAUGAAUCUCAGACACAUAUCAAUAUCACGGAUUUGGAUUUGGACUUGGAUUUUGAGGAUGAGGAUCUUUUGACGAGUACUAUGACGUGA